CUUCUGAAAACUCCGAGUCCCAGGCACCGAAACUCGGCCGGCUCCGGUGAGACUUGUCUUCACUGGAGCCCACCGCUCAGCACCGACCUUUGACUUCUUAUCUUUGGUUCACGUGACUAUCUGACUGUCUCAGGCACUAAGAAUGAUGACAGCCCCGAAUGCAAGCUCCCUGACGUUUAUCGAUGAACUUGAUGAACAGGUGGAGCCUAACCUCACCGGCGCCCCGCAUGUUCCUUGCACAGGACAACCAAACUCCCCGAGUUGGUUGAGUUCUCCAGCAUUGCUGGUGUUUUUGCCUACUCUUCGAGUCUCCUCAACUCUCAACUUGAGGACUGGCUGUGUUGUUCUGUCCCUUCAACGCGCAACAUAUAUUCGGGUCUCAAUGCUCCAGAUGCUGCAUGUUCAGGCGCCUACCCCACUCAGGCUCACCAAAUGGCCAGCUCAACACUCGCCAUUCUUCCAUGGACUUCGAAAAUUUGUGACACUAUGGAUUAGAAAUCUAAACCUUUGGGCUUUGAGAAGAGAACAAAGACCCCCUCGGAGGUUCAUCUUGUGCCGUGCAUCAGGUUCGGAGCAAAUCUUUUGA